CUUUGUUUAUGCUGGAGAGAUAGAGGUGGCUGCAGACAGUGCUGUCAGCACAACAGUGUAUUACCUGCUGUCUAAAGUAUUUAGGUUGGGUACAACUGUUUCCUAAUGAUUUAUGUUUUUUUUUAGGUCGUUUAUUACCAGCAUUGAGUUCAGAAACAAAAAGUCAAUUUUCUGUUGAUUUAAGAACUCAGACAGACUGGAGCGCGAAAGUUACUCCUUGGAAAAUUAAAACUAGAAUGUUGUUCGUUUUCUUUCAUUAUCAGACCAGAAGAAGUGCUGAUUGUAUAUGAAUAUUAAUUCCCAAGUAAAAAAAAAAAUUAAAUUAAACGCAGAGGAUUCCUGCUACUCGAGUCUCAAGCUAACAGUCAGUGAAGAUGGACGUCAGUGUCUCCGUGUCGUUCUUUCAAGACGAGCUCGCCUCUACCAUCGAGCACGCAGUGAAAGCGGCUGUAGACACCGUCUUGUGCCAAAUCACAAAAGUUGUCGGCGGCAAAUUCACUGAAUUCCGAAUGGAAAUGGCUGGAAAGGAGAAAGAGAAUGAAAGUCUGAAGCUGAGAUUGGAAAUAUCAGAGAGCGAGUUGAAAGCAGUGCGGGAAUGCAUGAACGCUGCAGAUGCAGACAUUAAACAACCUCUCAGAAACAUGAACCCCGACUGCAAUGAACAAGACUUUCAGAGGAAUGAGAACCAGGGGAUAUUUCAAGAUCCCAAAGAGAGCCAUGCUAUGCCUAAAUCUGAAGCACAGGAGGGGCCAAGGAUAGAAUCAGUUCACACACUAGAGGAGCCCUUUGACCAGGAGUGGUGUGCAAGUCUAAAGCCAGUUACAGAGCUGACAUGUGUUAAAGAUGAAGAGGUCCCUCGACUGGAAUGUGUUCCUAUUAAAGAGGAAUUCAUAGAACAGGAAUGUGUCCCCAUCGCAGAGGAAGUUCCUGCUGAAAAUAAUGUCUGUACACUUGAGGAGAACAACAAGCUGGGAUCCAGCCUGUGUGAUGAUUGUCCACCUGCACGUGAACUGGGAUUUGGAGCUCCUAAAGGGAAUGACACAGGAGGGACUCCAUUUCCCUGUGCGGAUUGUGGAAAGAGUUUCAGUCAUUUACCACAGCUUAAAAUCCACCAGCGCAUUCACACAGGAGAGAAACGCUACCACUGUAAUGAAUGUGAGAAGAGGUUCUCUCGAUUGGACCAUCUUAAAAAUCACCAGCGAAUUCACACAGGAGAGAAACCACACCACUAUCCCAAAGAUAGCCAUGCCAGGUCAAGGAUAGAAGCAGUUUACACACAAGAAGAGCCCUUUGACAAGGAGUGGUGUGCCAGUCUAAAGCAGGUUACAGAGCUGGCAUUUGUUAAAGAUGAAGAGGUCCGUCGACUGGAAUGUGUUCCUAUUAAAGAGGAAUUCAUAGAACAGGAAUGUGUCCCCAUCGCAGAGGAAGUUCCUACUGAAAAUAAUGUCUGUACACUUGAGGAGAACAACAAGCUGGGAUCCAGCCUGUGUGAUGAUUGUCCACUUGAAUAUGAACUGGGAUUUGGAGCGGCUAAAGGAAAUAUCACAGGAUGGACUCCUUUAUCACAGCUUAAAAUCCACCAGCGUGUUCACACAGGAGAGAAACCUUAUCACUGCACAGUGUGUGAGAAGAGAUUCAGUCGUUUAGCAGACCUGAAGAGACACCAGCGCAUUCACACAGGAGAGAAACCUUAUCAGUGCACUGAGUGUGGGAGGAGUUUCACACUGUUACAACAUCUUAAAAGACAUCAGCGCAUUCACAGUGGAGAAAAACCUUAUCACUGUAAUGACUGUGGGAAGAGAUUCAGUCGUUCAUGGCACCUUAAAAGACACCAGUGCGUUCACACAGGUCCGAAACCUUAUCACUGCGCAGAGUGGGAAGACAUUCAGUCAUUUAUCGUACCUUAAAAGACACCACCACUGUCACGCAGGAGAGAAACCUUAUCACUGCACUGAGUGUGGAAAGAGAUUCACACAGUUAUGAAGUCUUCAGUCAUACCAGAGCAUUCUCACAGUAGGAAACCUUUUCACUGUGCUGCGUGUGGGAAGUUUUUCACACACUUAGUUCCCUGAUAAUCCACCAGCGGAGUCAGAAAAAUGAGAAAUCUGUAGUGAAUGUUUGAAGAGUUUCCAUCACUCAGACCUUAAAAGACAUCAUAAGAUUCACACAAGAGUGAAGCCCUGAAAUUCACAGAAUUUCAACCACUUGAGGACACCUAAACACCAGGAGUAAAUUUGACUAAGGCUGGGUCCUUUUUUGGGGGUUUUGAUCCUCACUCUGUACGGUUGGGUACGUUUGAUGUGAAGUGUGAACAAUGAAGUUUGCUUGGGAAAUGAACAGGUGGACUUGGUACGGUUGACAAACAAACCGAUCAAUGCAUCGAUUUGCUUGCUGUUCACAUUUAUCUGCAAGUAAAGGGACCAGGUUUGUUUUGGAUGUGAGCUGAAGUUAGUUUUUGUUUGGUUCUUUUCCAUUUUUUCAGGACUGAGCUCGUUUGUGUUGACAAUGCAGGUUUCAAGUGCAAUAGGUUCGGUCUGAAUCAGAUGUUUUCAGUAUCCUGCAAGGCAUAUUGAAACAUGGCAGCUAUUGAUCUCUGGUUUUAAUAAAUCAUGUUUUAGAUUCUUACAUAUUGCUGUGGAAGAAAGCAAUGGGGGACCACUUUGCUAAUUUAAUUAAUAGGUUACAUUUCUUGAAUGCCUACAGUAAGAUAAUGCAGUUUACGCAAUUCUGCAUGGUUCUCCACUGCCGGCAUUAACCAAGGUUGAGAAAAGACUGAAAAUAUUUUACUAUUUUUGUGAGUUUCGUCCAGUUCGGCUUGGAUUUUGGUGUAGGACCAAAUUUCUAUAAGAGCUUCAGUUUCUCACACUGUCCAUGUAGUUUAAGAUUUAUGAGAUUUCCACAGUGAAAAAAUGGGGCGUUUUUUUCCUUCAAUUUAUGGAUGCUGAACUCUGAAGCCGUAAAAAUAACAGUAUAUAAUAAAACAAGAAUAGUUUAAAAAUUAAACAUCUGGUGGUUUUUAUUGCAAAUCAUAACAACUUUCUGUUUUCUUUAUAUUGUCAUCCAGUCAAAACAUGUUAAAUGUACAAAAAGCCAGAUUUAAAAAAUAGAUCAGCUAUUACCAUUUAAACACAUUGUUAUACAGAUAAUGAGAAUGAUUAAAGAAAUAAUCCAUAAUAUUGUUUAUUUUAUUUUUGAAUGGUGCUACAACUAAUAUAUUUCUCUGCUAUUAACUUGCAGAGCACAGUGAUACAGUUUUGAGCUUAAUAAAUAAAUAGAUAAAUACAAUAAUAGCAAAAUCAGACAAUAUGCAUUUUUACUCUUUCCAUCCGGGAAAUUAAGGCUGAAAACUGGGACAAUCACAGUUUUGCCGAGAAGUCUGGUAAUGUUAUCUUUCACCAGUCAAAUCGCAGAGUGCCUAAAUAAAGUUUUCAGUCAGCACAAACAGAUUUGUUUCAUCUGUUGCAGCUUGCAUUCCAGAUAUAAUAGGAAUCUAUGAAAAAGACCGAGGAGUUCAUGUGACUCAGAAAUGUCUUCAUCUAGACAAUGUGGGGAAACAAUGCAUGAGUAAGAAGACCUCACCUAGAAUAUUGUGUUUUGGUCACCUCGUUACAAAAAGGAUAUUGCUGCUCUAGAAAGAGUGCAAAGAAGAGCGACCAGAAUUAUCCCGGGUUUAAAAGGCAUGUCGUAUGCAGACAGGCUAAAAGAAUUGAAUCUGUUCAGUCUUGAACAAAGAAGACUACGCGACGAUCUGAUUCAAACAUUCAGAAUUCUAAAAGGUAUAGACAAUGUCGACCCAGGGGACUUUUUUGACCUGAAAAAAAGAAACAAGGACCAGGGGUCACAAAUAGAGAUUAGAUAAAGGGGCAUUCAGAACAGAAAAUAGGAGGCACUUUUUUUACACAUAGAAUUGUGAGGGUCUGGCACCAACUCCCCAGUAAUGUUGUUGAAGCUGACACCCUGGGAUCCUUCAAGAAGCUGCUUGAUGAGAUUCUGGGAUCAAUAAGCUACUAACAACCAAACAAGCAAGAUGGGCCGAAUGGGGCCUCCUCUCGUUUGUAAACUUUCUUAUUUUCUUAUUUAGUUUUCCUAACUGAAACUGCACUAUUCUACCUACUGUAGGCAUUCAGCACAUAUAUUAAUUAAAUUAUCUAAGUGCUCCCCCAGUGCUUUCUCCCACAGCAGUAUGGAAGAAUCUAAAACAUGCUAUUAAAAACUGGAGCAAUACAUUAAUCGCUGCCAUCUUUCAAGAUGCCUUGCAGGAUAUUGUUAACAUCCAGUUCACACAGACCAUAUAAGUUAACUGAAUGCAUUUGCAAACUCCAUUGUGAACACAAACGGACUCGGUCCUGAAAAAAAAUGGAAAAGGACCAAAUAAACUUUAGCUUGCACUUUGGUCUCAUGCAUUGCUGAGUUUGAACAUUAGGAAUAUUAUAUGUAACUCUUCAUCAGUGACCAAGUCUCCAACUCUUUCAAGUCAAUACCAAGCUUUGGUCAAUUCUGAACUUCACACCUCAAACACAGUUUUGUGUUCACAGGCUUUGACUGCAAUAUAAUACCCCCAAUAUACAGUUUCAAAUAAUUAAUUUUGUUUCAAGUUUUUUUUAUUUUAGCUCACAUCUAGGGGACACACAAAGGGACGCUUAAAUUGUAGUGUACAACUCACUGGACAAAUCAUCCCCAUAUUCUAUUUUACAAAGAUAAUUUUAAAGAAUGACUGAAAUAUUCCUUUCAUAUGUUGUAUUUUCCUUGUAUUUAAUAAAUUAAAAAAAACAAAAUCCUCUCAUUUUUAGAUUUGAAGUUAAUUGUGUAUAUACAUAAAUGGGGAUUCCCAGGUGUAAAUGUUUGCCAGUCCAUGUUGGAGCCUGGCUGGUUCCAUAUGCGUGCUUCUGUUUGUCUCGUUGCUCUACAGUAAUACAUGAAUGAUAAGUUAGGCUACAGCGGUUUAUUUGUUCUUUUUAAACUCCUUUCCAUUUCCUGUCUGCUGCGUUCUGCUGUACCACACUUGAUUUAGUCUCUUUGCUCAUGUGUGUUUUGUGUUUGUGUUCUUCUCUGGAUGUGUUUGUGGAACACAAGAUGGGUGUGAAAGGUUGACUGAACUGGUUUCAUUGUUUUAAAAUAAAGCUAAUAUUUAAAGAAAUUGUCAGGGUUUUUUUUCCAUUAAAGCAUUAGACAUGUUAGCAGGUCCCAUGUAAUGUUUAAGCAAUAAGGCAUGAGAGAGCAUGGGUUGUGCUGUGUAUUGUCACUUCUUGGUGCGUUGUUGGCACGAGACGCAGUUGAGUUAAACUGAUUUAUAAACAUUUUAUAAAAAAGAAAGGAGAAAUCUAUAGUUUCUAAAGAUGUGUUAAUAUUUUGAGGUAUAACCUU